AGAGAUGGGAACCACGCUCAUCGUUGGUCCCGUACGUGCACUGAAACUGUACACCAGUACAGUCAUGUACAUGUACAUUACAUGUACAGUACAUGUAGUUAACGUUACCGUAUAUAAAUUAACAGCCGUGUCAUCAUUGCCAUACAUGCAUGCGAUGAUGUACGUCUAUCUUCUGUGAUAUCCAAAGGUUCCCUUCACCAGUGUUCCAUGACGAUCUGUUCACAGACGGCAAAGUUACAUUUUGAAAAGUACAACGUUUUUUGAGACUAAAAUGCCCAUUCUUUGUCAGAGAACAAGGCAGAAUGUCUUGCUGCGAGAAGAAAUUCAACUUCAAGCCCUCAACAAAGUAUGUUCCUGUGACAGUUGCAUAUGCUCUGCUGAUUUGUACGACAACUCUCUUCUUCGUGUUUCCAUUGCCAUGUUUGGUUAACACUAUUCACCCUGCAGUUGCUGUUUACUCAGCUGUUCUAUUCUCUGUGGUUUUCCUCAAUUUCGUGCUUGCUACCUUCGUUGACCCUGGAGUUUUCCCCAAAACUAAAGGUGAUGAGGAUGGAGAUGAAGAUUUUCGUGCGCCACUUUAUAAAACAGCCGAGAUACAGGGAAUUCAGGUACGAAUGAAGUGGUGUGCAACCUGCCGUUUCUAUCGUCCUCCAAGAAGUUCUCAUUGCAGCGUAUGUAAUCAUUGUAUUGAGAAGUUUGAUCAUCACUGUCCCUGGGUCAAUAACUGCAUUGGAAAACGCAACUAUCGCUUUUUCUUCAUCUUUCUGCUGUCAUUGACAGCUCAUAUGGUGUCUGUCUUCACUCUCACAUUAACAUUUGUGCUGAAUGAAAAGGAGAAACUUGGAUAUGCCAAACCCAUCAUAUCCCUUGUGAUUCUUUGUAUCACUGCUCUGGCUGCGUUUCCUAUUUUUAUUUUAGUCAUUUUCCACAUAUCACUGGUGUGCAGAGGAAGGACUACCAAUGAGCAGGUAACAGGAAAAUUUCGCAGUGGACACAAUCCAUUUGAUCGUGGCUUCAUUGAAAAUUGUGUUACUGUGUUUUGUACUCCUACAUUACCAAGGUACAUUGGUUACAGAGGAUUUUCACUCUCACUGGCUUCCAUGUACUUGCCUUCAUCACAUGGUGAAAACAGUGUUGCACAGAGCCAUGUACAGUUAGACAUUGAUGAAGCAGUUAGUCCCAACAUAAACAGCAGCUAUAAAGUAACAACACAGCCUUUUGAGUUCAAGCCAUCUCCACUCACCCACAGAGUUCAUUACUCUGUUGACAUGAACAGUUUGAGUAAUGAAAGCCAAGGAGAUGAUUGUGAGGCAGAUCCACCUCCCCACCCCUCUGUUAAGAAUUCAAAGGUAACUUUAUUCCGUGAUUUGCCUUGCACAGACUCGGCUAUAGGCAGUCAAAUUGAAAAGAGCUUAAAGGAUCCAAAGAGUGAAAUCACUUGCUCACGUGACAACUCUAAACUGAUAGCUAGUCAGUCCAAGAGAGGUGAACCAAGAAGUUGGAAUUACACCGAAGACAAGUCGGCAGAUGUAGGAAAAAAUGGGAAUUUAGUACCCAGCUCAAAACAGUUGGGUAUUUUUGAAACCAGUGAGUCUCAACUACAUGUAAACAAGCACACUAUCAGCAAUGGUACAUAUUACCCUGGCUCAAAUGAUAUACCACGAAAGCGUCGUCCAAUCUCGUUUGUAACGGCACUACAGAUGAGCGAAGAGUUAGAUGUGAAAAAACGGCAGCAGCUUGGACCUGUGUGCUAUGAUGGCCUUGAAAGAAAAGUUGGAACCCAAGGUAAUUCCAUUGAUGCUAAACAUCUUUCUGAAACAAAUUCAGAUCUACAUUGCAAAGAACUGUCUUCUUGCACCAAAUACGAAAUAUCAGUGUGACAAUUUAAGAGAAUUAGCAGUGUCCAUUUGAACUUUUUCAUACAGGUUAUUUGUGUUACCGUGAUGACAUAAGCAACUGGAUGAAUUUUUUAAAUGCAAUAUUAAAUUGUAAUGUGUUUAGAGUAUGAUUUAGGAUGAAUUU